AGCGAAAGCCACGUGACCUCGCUUCACUGGGUGCCGUGGUCAUGUGACUUCGGGAAGAUGGCUGCCCUGACAGCGGAGCAUUUUGCAGCGCUCCAGAGCCUACUCAAGGCCUCCUCAAAAGAUGUUGUCAGACAGCUGUGUCAAGAGAGCUUUUCCAGUUCAGCCCUUGGCUCGAAAAAACUCUUGGAUAUUACAUGUUCCAGCUUGUCUGUGACCCAGGAGGAGGCAGAGGAACUGCUCCAGGCUCUGCACCGCCUCACUCGGCUGGUGGCAUUCCGUGACCUGUCCUCUGCCGAGGCGAUUCUGGCUCUCUUUCCAGAAAAUUUCCACCAAAACCUCAAAAACCUGCUGACGAAGAUCAUCCUAGAACAUGUUCUCUCUGCCACGCCUGGUCGAUCUGGACUGGAGAGUGGAUAUCAAAACCUCCUCAGACAGCAUCAGCCGCAUGGCCGUCCCCACCUGCCUGCUCCAGAUGAAGAUCCAGGAAGAUCCCAGCCUAUGUGGAGACAAACCCUCCAUCUCAGCUGUCACCGUGGAGCUGAGCAAAGAAACACUGGACACCAUGUUAGAUGGCCUGGGCCGCAUCCGAGACCAACUCUCUGCCGUGGCCAGUAAAUGAUCCAGCCAGCUGCCAGGGCCACUGCCGUGACCCAGCUGCUCAUGAGCGAUAAAUGUCUCCCCACAUGCAGGCUGCCCUCGCAGCUGCAGCUGACAACAGGCAGGAUGGUGGGGACAGCAGGGGGCUACUGCCAUCCAGAAGUUACAGCUGGAUUGGGAAGAAGCAGCCAGAUCCCCCGCUGUUCUCCUCACUCAUCUUCUUUCUCUUUCUGAAGCUGGAGAGCAGAAGCCCCCAUCUUUGAAAAGCUCCUGAAUGCAACUGAAUUCCCACCAUGGCAGGGUGAGGGAACAUUUGCGUCGUCAGCUGCCUCUGCAUAGCUGUUUGGGAAAUUCAGGCCCAAAUCAUGCAGUUUAUCCAAUACAUUUAUUUCCAACAUUAGCUCUAAUUAGUUCAUUUCCAAUCCCAGAACACACAAAGGGAAUCAGGUGAGAGAUGCCAGCAGUUCCUGCUCCUCUGUCAGGGAAGUCAGGCAGAGCCCACAGAGCAUGGUCCAUCGAGAGUGUUUCCUGAGCUCCCUCCACCACACCGGAACCCCUCUUCAGUGCAGGAAGUCUGAAAUGGGUACUAAUUCGCUUCUUCAUGAAACCAGGGCCCUCUUCCUUCAUCUGAUGCAGCCACUCCUAGGUGAAGAAGUGGGAAUAAUUGGAAAUAAACAACAGUUCUAAACUUUCA